AUGGAUGCCAAGCUUGCCGCCCUCGUCGCCUUGCUUGCGUUGCUCGGGCCAGUGGCUUGCUAUGGCGCCAGCAUCAUUUGCCUGGGCGGGUGGGUUCGCCCAGUCCCAUCGCUCCUGGGCGGCGGGCUGGUCUGCCCCGGAAACCUGACCUCUUACCCCCUGAAGAAGGGCCCUGCCCCCUCAGCGUCAGUGCUCAAGGUCGGCUACUACAACAGCAGCACUAGCAACGCGUGCCCCAACGCGGAAGACAUCGUGAGGAAGGUCGUGGAGGACGCCAAUAGAUGGUUAAGGUUUUCAGAUUCGAUAAUUUGUCCUGCUGAUUCCGACCCACCUUCCUCCGCCGCGGCUGCCAUGUCCAACCUCGGCGGCGGCGCCGAGGCGCACGCGCGCUUCAAGCAGUACGAGUACGGCGCCAACUCCAGCCUCGUCCUCACCACCGACUCCCGCCCGCGGGACACCCACGAGCCCACCGGCGAGCCCGAGACGCUCUGGGGCAGGAUCGACUCCAGGUCCUUCGGCGACCGCGCCGUCCAGAACAAGCCGCCGGAGCUCGAGGAGAAGCUCUCCAAGUCGCGCACCAAGAAGUCUAAGCGCGACGCUGCCGCCGCGGUCGACCCCGACCUCCCCCGUCGCGACGCCAAGCGCAGGCGCCGCGCCGCUUCCGCCCAGGAGGUCUCCGUCCUCUCCCUCACCGACGACGCCGUCUACAAGCCCCAGACCAAGGAGACGCGCGCCGCCUACGAGGCCUUGCUGAGUCUCAUCCAGCAGCAGCUCGGCGGCCAGCCCCUUGACGUCCUCGCUGGGGCUGCUGACGAGGUGCUCGCCACGCUCAAGAAUGACAAGGUCAAGAACCCUGAUAAGAAGAAGGACAUUGAGCAGCUGCUCAACCCUAUCUCCAGCCAGCUCUUUGACCAGCUUGUCUCCAUCGGCAAGUUCAUCACCGACUUUCAUGAUGCGGCGGCCGGUGAUGCUGCCGGUGCGCCUUCUGCCGACGGCAUGGGCACCACCCUGGAUGAUGAUGUUGGUGUUGCUGUCGAGUUUGAAGAUGACGACGAGGAGAGUGAUUUUGAUCAGGUGCAAGAUGAGCUGGAUGAGGAUGACGAAGAUGACAUGGCUGAGUUGAAUGGUCCUGGAGGUAUGCAGAUGGGCGGUGAGUUAGACGAUGAUGACAUGCAGAACGCCAACCAGGGGCUGGCUGUCAAUGUUCAGGACAUCGAUGCUUACUGGCUCCAGAGGAAGAUAUCCCAGGCAUAUGGGGAUGGGGACAUUGAUGCCCAGCAGAGCCAGAAGCUUGCCGAGGAUAUCUUGAAGAUCAUUGCUGACGACAGAGACGUCGAGAAUCGCCUUGUCAUGCUCUUGGACUAUGGGAAGUUUGAUCUCAUUAAGUUGCUGCUGCACAACCGUCUCAAGAUUGUUUGGUGCACCCGCUUAGCCAGGGCCGAAGAUCAGGAACAGAGGAAGAAGAUAGAGGAAGAGAUGGCAAGUGACCCAAGCUUGGCUCCAAUAUUGGAGCAGCUACAUGCAACCAGAGCAUCUGCAAAGGAGAGGCAGAAGAACCUGGAGAAAAGCAUCAGGGAUGAGGCGAAGAGGCUCCUCAACAAUGCUGCUGCUGCUGGCGCUGAUGGUGCCUGGGACCGCAGGGCAGCCGAGCGGGACAUGGAGAGUGGAUGGCUGAAAGGACAGAGACAGCUGCUUGAUCUCGAAAGCCUCUUGUUCCAUCAGGGUGGCCUCUUUAUGGCUAACAAGAAAUGUGAACUGCCGACUGGAUCGUUUAGAACCCCUCAUAAGGGAUAUGAGGAGGUUCAUGUGCCAGCACUGAAGGCUAAGCCCUAUGAAACAGGGGAGAAGAUUGUCAAGAUAUCUGAUAUGCCAGAGUUUGCACGGUCAGCUUUCGAUGGGAUGACCCAGCUGAACAGAGUUCAGAGCAGGGUCUAUGAUACUGCUCUUUUCAAACCAGACAAUAUCCUUCUCUGUGCUCCGACUGGUGCUGGCAAAACAAACGUGGCUGUGCUUACCAUCCUUCAGCAGAUCGGUCUGCAUAUGCAGGAUGAUGGACAGUUUGAUAAUACCAAGUACAAAAUUGUCUAUGUGGCCCCGAUGAAAGCGUUGGUUGCUGAAGUCGUUGGAAACUUGUCGAAGCGUUUGGCAGGUUACAAUGUUACUGUUAGGGAGCUCAGUGGAGACCAGAACUUGACCAAGCAACAGAUUGAUGAAACACAGAUUAUCGUCACGACACCUGAGAAAUGGGAUAUUGUGACCAGGAAAUCAGGGGACAGAACCUAUACUCAAAUGGUGAAGCUGUUAAUCAUUGAUGAGAUCCAUCUGCUACAUGAUAACAGAGGGCCUGUUCUGGAGAGCAUUGUUGCUAGGACAGUCAGGCAGAUUGAGACGACCAAGGAGCAUAUCCGUCUGGUUGGGCUCUCUGCGACUCUACCAAACUAUGAAGAUGUUGCAUUAUUCUUGCGCGUUCGCAAAGAAAGCCUCUUCUAUUUUGACAACAGUUACCGACCUUGCCCUCUUGCUCAGCAAUACAUUGGGAUCACUGUGAGGAAGCCACUACAGAGGAUGCAGCUUAUGAAUGAGAUUUGUUAUGAGAAGGUUAUGGCUGCCGCUGGUAAGCAUCAAGUGCUUAUAUUUGUACACUCAAGGAAGGAGACGGCAAAGACUGCCAAAGCCAUCAGAGAUACGGCGUUGGCAAAUGACACAGUCAGCCGCUUUCUGAAGAACGAUAGUGCAAGCCAAGAGAUCCUUGGCACUCAUGCUGAACUUGUCAAAAACAAUGAUCUUAAAGACCUUUUGCCUUAUGGGUUUGCUAUUCAUCAUGCUGGGAUGGCAAGGGUUGACCGUGAUUUUGUUGAGUGCAUGAUUUACAACCCAGAAAAAGGUGCUUGGACAGAACUAAGCCCUCUGGAUGUUAUGCAGAUGCUUGGUCGUGCAGGAAGGCCUCAGUAUGAUACACAUGGAGAGGGAAUAAUCUUGACUGGCCACAGUGAAUUGCAGUUCUACCUGUCUCUUAUGAACCAGCAGCUGCCUAUUGAGAGUCAGUUCAUAUCCAAAUUGGCUGAUCAAUUGAAUGCAGAGAUUGUUCUGGGGACUAUUCAGAAUGCUCGUGAAGCAUGCUCGUGGCUUGGCUAUACUUACCUCUAUAUUCGGAUGCUCCGCAAUCCAACAUUGUAUGGUUUGCCAGCAGAUAUCUUGGAGAGUGAUAAAACGCUUGAUGAAAGGAGAGCUGAUUUGAUACAUUCCGCUGCAAAUCUACUGGAUAGGAACAAUCUGAUAAAGUAUGACAGGAAAACAGGAUACUUUCAAGUUACUGACCUGGGAAGGAUUGCCAGUUAUUACUAUAUCAGUCAUGGAACUAUUUCAACAUACAAUGAGUACCUAAAACCUACAAUGGGUGAUAUCGAACUGUGCCGACUGUUUUCUCUUAGUGAAGAAUUUAAGUAUGUAGGUGUCAGGCUUGAUGAGAAAAUGGAACUGGCAAAGCUUUUGGAUCGUGUGCCAAUACCUGUGAAAGAGAGCUUGGAGGAACCCAGUGCAAAGAUCAAUGUUCUGCUGCAAGCAUAUAUUUCUAGGUUCAAACUGGAAGGCCUUUCUCUUAGUUCUGAUAUGGUCUACAUCAGACAGAGUGCUGGCCGUCUCUUACGAGCACUAUUUGAGAUUGUUUUGAAGAGGGGAUGGACUCAACUAGCGGAGAAAGCGCUGAAUCUUUGCAAGAUGGUUGAUAAACAAAUGUGGAGUGUCCAAACUCCCUUGCGGCAGUUUACUGGAAUUCCAAAGGAGAUCUUGAUGAAACUCGAGAAGGAGUUGGCUUGGGAGAGGUACUACGAUCUGUCCUCACAAGAAAUUGGUGAACUGAUCCGCUAUCCCAAGAUGGGGAGGCAGCUGCACAAGUGCAUCCACCAGUUACCAAAGCUGAAUCUUUCAGCCCAUGUCCAGCCCAUUACUCGUACAGUUUUGAGUUUUGAGCUGACAAUUACACCUGAUUUCCAGUGGGAUGAUAAGGUACAUGGAUAUGUGGAGCCCUUUUGGGUUAUUGUUGAGGAUAAUGAUGGCGAGUACAUUCUUCACCAUGAAUAUUUCAUGCUUAAGAAACAGUAUGUUGAUGAAGAUCAUACAUUGAACUUCACAGUGCUGAUAUAUGAGCCACUGCCUCCUCAGUAUUUCAUUCGUGUUGUGUCUGGCAAGUGGCUUGGUUCUCAGACAAUUCUCCCUGUGUGCUUUAGGCACUUAAUUCUACCAGAAAAAUAUGCUCCACCAACUGAAUUGCUUGAUCUGCAGCCUCUACCUGUUAGUGCAUUGAGAAAUGCAAGAUACGAGGGCCUUUAUAGUGCUUUUAAGCAUUUCAAUCCCAUCCAAACUCAAGUAUUCACUGUCUUGUAUAACAGCGAUGCCAGUGUGUUGGUCGCUGCGCCAGCUGGCAGUGGGAAGACGAUAUGUGUGGAGUUUGCUAUACUAAGGAACCACCAGAGGGCAGUGUCUGGUGAGAGCAACAUGCGGGUUGUUUAUAUAGCUCCCAUUGAAGCUCUUGCAAAAGAAAGAUACAGGGACUGGGAGCGGAAAUUUGGAGAGUUUGCCAAGGUAGUUGAGCUCACUGGUGAAACAGCAGCUGAUUUGAAGCUUCUGGAUAAAGGUGAGAUCAUAAUCAGUACUCCUGAAAAGUGGGAUGCACUGUCUCGCCGGUGGAAACAGCGAAAGCACAUCCAACAGGUCAGCUUAUUCAUAGUUGAUGAACUUCAUCUACUUGGAUCUGAUAAGGGACAUGUUUUGGAAGUCAUUGUAUCUAGGAUGAGGCGUAUUUCCAGUCAUAUAGGCAGUAACAUACGGAUCGUAGCACUUUCAGCAUCACUUGCUAAUGCUAAAGAUCUCGGUGAAUGGAUUGGUGCCACCUCUCAUGGCCUUUUCAACUUCCCUCCAGCAGUGAGACCUGUGCCAUUGGAAAUUCAUAUCCAGGGUGUGGAUAUAGCAAACUUUGAGGCAAGGAUGCAAGCAUUGACAAAGCCUACCUACACUGCCAUCACACAGCAUGCAAAGAACAGUAAACCUGCCCUGGUGUAUGUACCGACAAGGAAGCAUGCAAGGUUAACUGCAUUGGACUUGUGUGCGUACUCUAGUGUUUUGGGUGCUGGAACACCAUUUCUUCUUGGGUCAGAAGAUGAGAUGGAUACUUUCACCAGAGGUGUUGAAGAAGAGACGCUUAAGAAUACACUUAAAUGUGGUGUAGGCUAUUUGCAUGAGGGUCUAAGUGAGCUUGAUCAGGAACUUGUAACCCAGCUGUUCCUUGGUGGGAGGAUCCAAGUGUGUGUUGCAAGCAGCACAAUGUGUUGGGGAAGACCAUUGCCUGCUCAUUUGGUUGUUGUCAUGGGGACUCAGUAUUAUGAUGGCCGGGAGAAUGCUCACACCGAUUAUCCAAUUACAGAUCUGCUUCAAAUGAUGGGUCAUGCCAGCAGACCACUUAAAGAUAACUCAGGGAAAUGUGUUAUAUUGUGUCAUGCACCUCGCAAAGAGUACUACAAGAAGUUCCUUUUUGAGGCCUUCCCUGUCGAGAGCAAUCUUCACCAUUUCUUGCAUGAUCACAUGAAUGCUGAGGUGGUGGUUGGUGUUGUAGAGAAUAAGCAAGAUGCUGUGGAUUAUCUUACUUGGACUUUCAUGUAUCGGCGGUUGACAAAGAAUCCUAACUUCUACAAUCUUCAGGGUGUAAGUCACAGGCAUCUUUCAGAUCAUCUUUCUGAGCUAGUCGAGACUGUCCUGAAUGAUCUUGAAUCAAGCAAGUGUGUGGCAAUAGAGGAGGACAUGUACCUGAAGCCCCUCAACCUUGGCCUUAUUGCUUCAUACUACUAUAUUAGCUACACAACUAUUGAGCGUUUUAGUUCUAUGCUGACCCAGAAGACUAAGGUGAAAGGACUCCUAGAGAUUCUAGCAUCUGCUUCAGAAUAUGCAGAGCUUCCGGGUCGUCCUGGUGAGGAAGAAUUCAUUGAGAGGCUCGUUCGCCACCAGAGGUUCUCUAUCGAGAAACCCAAGUAUGGUGAUCCACAUGUGAAAGCCAAUGCUCUGCUGCAAGCCCAUUUUUCAAGGCACACAGUGGUCGGGAACCUGGCAUCUGAUCAGCGCGAGAUUCUCCUUUCUGCUCAUAGGUUGCUCCAGGCAAUGGUUGAUGUUAUAUCCAGCAAUGGUUGGCUUAGUCUUGCUCUUAGUGCAAUGGAGCUGAGUCAAAUGGUGACACAAGGCAUGUGGGAUCGGGAUUCUGUGCUGCUUCAACUGUCAAACUCUCAGCUGCAAGACAUCAUUGAAUUCUUCAAGCGGUUCCCCAAUGUUGAUAUGACCUAUGAGGUCCGUGAGGGUGAUGAUAUAACCGCUGGUGACAAUGUAACCGUGCAGGUAAUUCUGGAGCGUGACAUGACUAACGUGUCAUCUGAGGUUGGUCCAGUUCAUGCGCCAAGGUUUCCCAAGCCUAAGGAAGAAGGCUGGUGGCUGGUGAUUGGCGACAGCUCCACAAACCAGUUACUGGCAAUGAAAAGAGUGGCACUCCAGAAGAGGGCGAGAGUGAAACUUGAGUUCUCCGCUCCUGCAGAGGCUGAUAGGACUGCCCCGCAACACUUGGGGGAACCCAACGACGAUGGCCCGCCUUCCGCUGGCUCGGCAGCUGUGGAGAUGGUGGGGGCGGCGGCGCCGCCCAGGCGCCCGCGCAUGACGCUUGUCAUGGUACCGCGCACUGAGGCCAUCCAGGCGGCCGAAGAGGCGCUCGACAACGCGCUCGUGGCCAUGGUGCCGCUCGUGUGGCGGCCUUGGCGCAGAACAUCGCAGGUGAGUGGUGGAUCGUUCCGCUUCCGCGUGGUCGUGGCCAUUGCCAGGGUACCACUGCACGCAAGGAACACCACCGUGGCACAUGUCAUUCUUGGACCAUGUUGCACCAGCGUGGAGCUUUCACGGAUACGUGACACGCCGGCAGAUGACGACCACGAGUUCUUCGUCAUGGCGUGGUGCUGGCAUCCGAACUUCAUUGAGGAAGAAAAGAUUAUCUUCAUCCCGGAGCCACGGGUGGCGGGGGUCGCGGAGGACGAGCGCACGGCGGAUCCGGGGCUGCGAUACCUUGUGCGCACACGGGUCAUCGCGUACCAGGACUGGAGCAUGCCCCUGGGAACACCUGACGAUCUGGGUGGCGACAACGGCCAUGGCAACGACGACGACGACGACGGCCAUGGCGGUCACCGUGGCGACAACAAUGGCGGCGCUCGCGACGGGUUCGACGAGCCGCUGCACCCGCACGACGACAUCGACUAUCCAUAUGCCGACGACAGCGACGACGACGGCUCUGCGGAAUCCAACCACAACCGCGGUCACCCGGGCCAGGACUACCGGCGGGGUGGCCGCGAGAUCUCGGACAACUUGUCAGAGCGGUGCGCUGACCUUCGUCCGUGGGCCAGCCGACGAUCGCUGACACCGUUGGGGAAUAGUCACGUCGCUGUUGUUGAGCCCUGCCCCCUCUUGGGACACGAGCGCACACCUGCUAGCUGGUCAAGGUGGCCAACGAUGUCUGCGCUAGGCACGCCCAAGAUCUCUCCUGUCCGCGUAUCCUGCCGGGCCAAUCUCCUCACUUCUACUGACCUUGCAGUUUGUUGGGACAACGACGUGCACCGGUCAGGGGAGGUGGGGCGCUUCCUGGACAUCGCGCCCCUUCUACUGCACGCCGGCUGUAGCUUACAGCAGGCAACAGGUGAGGCCCAUACCUUAAGUUGGGCCAAUGAGGCCGGGGAAGGGCCCAAGCAUUCGUCUGCGGGCCAAGCUACUCUAGAUUGGUGGGCCGCUCUAAUCGAUACAGAGCUGGCUGGGCCGGCCAUACGGGCAGACAGCAGUAACAUGGCCUAG